ACUGCCUAAUAAAAAACGAAAAUAACAGGAUUCUUUAAUUACAAUUAUAUGACUACCACCUAAUUGAUAUCGAUCAACUGACGAAGUCCUAUUUAUGUGAUUUAAAUGUUGGCUUUCACUUAUACGUUGUCGUUGCUCCUCAACACUUAUGCGCGCAGGAAACACUUACCUUCUUUUGUUAAUCUGCAAUGACUGUAAGCCUCACACACCAAAAUACGCUCGCUAGAUUUUGGUACUGAUGAUUCACUCUUGUGGGUACAAAGGAGUUUUAGGACUAGACCUCAGCGUUUUUUGCAAAACAUUGAGUUCUCUAUUAAAGGAAAACAAUCUGUAUCGUGGUGUUUGAUGAUGACAAAAACAACAAUUUGUUAAGGUUCGUUCAAGCCUACCUCAAUAUGUAUGGAAACGUAAUUCAACACCCUGGAAACACCGAUGUCCGUACAAACCGAGUUCAUCCAGUAGAGGAAGAUAACUCCAAAACGAGUACUGUGACAAGAGCAGAUCACCCUCUGUACUCUCAGUUGAAGAAUUAUAUGUUUUUUAUGAAGCUCGGUGGAGUGUUUCAUGACCCUCCAUUCGCCGACGUUGGCAAGUUGGAAUCAGCAUUCUGGAAAUCUUGGCAUGCAAUCGUUUCUUUAUUAAGCGUUUUUAACUUUGUAAGAUACAUUCCAGAAAUCUGGAAACCGGAUUUUUAUCCUGGAUUAAUUUACACUGAAAUCAUAAUGAGUGCAUUCUUUUUCCAUUGUAUGUGUAUAAUUAUCGCAUUUUAUGUAAUGUGCUCUAAAAUGAGUGGAUUUUUGGCUUUUUUUGAGCACAAUCAGAAAUAUUGUAACAGCAUCGAUAGUCGAACCCUUCGCUGCGUCCCAGGAAAGAAACAGACCAAAGUUGAGGUAAAUAUUGCACAAGCAAUUACUGUCGUAUGUACUGCCGCGUGCUUAGCUAUUCUACUAGUGUUCGCAUUGGUAUUCGAAACCCCCGAUUACCACAGUCAGUCUGCCCCGUGGACAUCAACCGCCAGCCUAGUCAUUACUCUCACCAUCGGAACGCUUAUAGCCAAUGCAUUCAUGUCAUAUACAUUCUUUUUUUGCCUCGUCUGUCGGUAUUUGAAAAAGCAGUUCAAUUUACUCGCAAAAACCUUUUCAGAAAUGCUAAUAGAAUAUGAGAAUGGCCGAGGUGAAUUUGUCGACGAGCAACUGUACGUGUCAAUUCGCAAACAGCACAACCACCUCUGCGACUCAGUCGUGAAAGCAGACGACUGCUUUUCAGUGUUCAUAUUGUCAGUCUGUUCAACUCAGAUCCCGUUAAUAAUAUUCUUAGCAUAUCAGUGUUUGUUUUCGCCUGGGGAUAUUAGUGAAAAAUUCGGUUAUAUAUUUUGGCUUAUGAUUAACUGCGGCUGUGUCUGUUUGGUGACAAUUCAUGCUGCCCUACUCAACAGUGAGAUUCAUGACUUCAACAAUAAAGUGUACAGAUUGACUGCAUUCUCUACCAUGCCCUGUAACAACAGACUUAUUCCGAUACAUAUAUUGUUUUUAUCUCGCUUGAACGGUCCUCCUGUUGGAUUUUCGGUAUUUGGAUUGAUCACUAUCAACAAAGAAGUUCUAGUUACGUUAGUUGGAAUGACAUUUACGUACUUCACAUUACUAGUGCAAUUCGAGUAAAGCCAACCAACGAAGCGAUAGGAACAUUAUCAUAAGUUGCAGAAUGGUGUAAUUUGCAGCGUAAUUUUAACAUAGCACACUGUAUGGGAUGCUCCUGAUGGAGAAAUCGGUCUUCCCGUCGGGGACACCCACCCUUCCCCCACCACUUCCCCGACGUCAGGGACAUCGGCCUCCGGUCGGCCACGAUUCUACCAUUGGAAUAUGGUCGUGCAUGAAAAUGUGUAUUUUUUAAUUAUUUAGGCAGGCUGCCCAAUAACGUACACCGGUAAAAUAUUUUGGACCACUGUAUUAGUAUUCGAAUUUAGAAAUUUAGUGAAACGUAGUAAGUUAGAGUUUACCGUAGAUCGACUUAAUUCGUUCUUGACUGUUUGCUGUAGAUAUAUAGGCCUACUUUAUAUGAAUGUGUAAACAAGUGAAAGUAAUUCCGUAGUCUUAAGUGAAAAACUGUAUUUAUAGUUUAUGUACAUGGCAUAGGCCUACAUAUUCUUUAUUGAUAUCACCUUAUAACAUAAAGGAUAAUUACGACAGAAAAACAAAGCAAACUACACAUAAACAAAAUCAAUGGAGUAUAUGUCGUGUAUGAAAAUGCAUAUUUUUUAAAGUAUUUAGGUAGGCUGCCACAUAAUGGACAAAUUAGUAUUCAAA